AUGUCACCUCCAUCACAGUCCGCCGAGCGCGUCGCAGAGAAGGUGCAGACGCUGGCCGACCUGGAGCUUGCCGCGCUGCUGUGUCUGAUCACCAAGGAGCAUGCCAUUGUCGAGGCCGAGGCCUCCCAGCUCGAUUCGCUUUGUCUGGAGCUGGAGCUUAUAGCCGGCAGCGUCUUCGGCCUCUCCAGCACUGUCCUAGAGUGCUCCGAGAAGACCACGCUUGACACAUUCGGCAACGGUCUGCUAGUAGAAGACGACGACGUUUCGUAUUUCUCCUCGCCACCCAGAAACUCUCGGGAGACGGACGCCUUCUCCACCUUCCGUCCGCCACAUCGCCGGAGUCCCAAGUCCCCACUCGAGCCCAGUCGGAAAAUAGCCAAUGUGGUCAUAGCAAAGAACCUCAACCUCUCCCCUCGGCAGGUGCAGACCCAAGCUCUAGAGCUGAUUCGAGGAAGGCGCAUCUUCACGCGUACCGCAGUGCAUACUGCACCAAAGCGAUUCCUAUUCAUUGCUCUUUUGGCUUCUGACCCUGACAUAAGCCUAACGCCUCACCUGAAUAAUCAGUUCUUCAUCUCGCACUACCACCAAUAUGAAGAUGGAUUCCCGAACCUCGAGGAAUACCAAGGCUUGGAUGAUGAUCAAGCUUCGUUAUCUUCAGUCGUGCGGCCGUCGUCGUCAAUGACGCUUGGGUCGCCGAAAGCAAUAGCCAAGUCGCCUCUCUUUCCUCAGGAUGACCUUGAACACAUAUCGAAGCUCCUGGGCGACGUUCGCAUCAGCUCCGAAGUCUUUGCAUACAUGCAGAACUUGAUUGCGUUCCUGCGUCUGCACCGAGCGGUAAGCGGUGGUAUAUCAGCACUGGCGACCAAGCACUUUGAGUUGCUGGUGCGUGCUCUCGCGCCACUGCACGGGCUGAAUUAUGUGCCGCCAUCUCUUGUUGCCCUUGCGGCACGAAAGAUCUACCCACACCGUAUUCUAUUAACAGCUCCCGAAAACGAACGCAGCAUGCAGUGGGGCAGCUCGUUGGAGGCUGUGAGGGAAGUAUUGGACGGCGUGACCGUGGACGAUGUGAUCGAAGAUGUGCUCCAACAGGUCGAAGUGCCGUUGUAG